UCGCUCGGCGGCGAGACACGGUCGUCGCGCGCGCCAGAUGAGCACAACCGUACAGUACAGGUCGUGUUCGAUAAGAAUAAGAUAUCGUUCUUUCCCGUGUCGUAGGUAUCCCGCCAAAUCUAAUCGCCAAUUUUCUUUAUCUCUUUCGUUUUAUCGUUUCCACCACACACCUCGACGGCAGCGCUCGUGGUCCCGACGCACCACCGCCGACCUCCACAGGCUCCACACUGCUUGCAACAGUCGCAACGGGUCCGGCAUUUAUUUCACGCACGGCUACCGCAGCAGAUGCCCAUGUCCAGAAUUCCGUCCUUCUCUGCGCUCGCUCGUCGCUCUCACUGAACGUUCGUUUCGGAGACAACAGCAUCGCCGUCCGCCACCUCUAGUGAAACGUGACACACACGCGGUUCGCAUUGUUUACACGGGAUACGAAGAGGCACACCGCCCGCCAUGUCUGCCAUUUCGGAAACCGUCGUUAAGGUAAACCGCCCCGACGACUGCUCCGCACCGCCGCUGUCAAAGGACGUGGUAGCCGGUCCCGAAAAGCCGCCGAAUAACGAACCCGCCGUGGUAGUGCCUAAGAUCGAAAAGGACGUCGACAACUACUGCUCCGCACCGCCGCCGUCAGAGGACGUGGUAGCCGGUCCCGAAAAGCCGCCGAAUAACGAACCCGCCGUGGUAGUGCCUAAGAUCGAAAAGGACGUCGACAACUACUGCUCCGCACCGCCGCCGUCAGAGGACGCGGUAGCCGGUCCCGAAAAGCCGCCGAAUAACGAACCCGCCGUGGUAGUGCCUAAGAUCGAAAAGGACGUCGACAACUACUGCUCCGCACCGCCGCCGUCAGAGGACGUGGUAGCCGGUCCCGAAAAGCCGCCGAAUAACGAACCCGCCGUGGUAGUGCCUAAGUUCGAAAACGACGUCGAUGCCGCCGAUAGCCGUGCGUCGUCACCAUCGGACAGGGACAAAUCCGCAUCGCCCAUAGAACAAAAAUACCGUGCAGAUUCCUCUACGACGCCGUCGCCGCAAGGAGACGAACCAAUGGACUACAUUCCCAGCUCCGCCGACAGUGAAAUUGAAGACGAUACCUAUUCUAUCAAAGACGAAGUUGUAGAUUUAGGAAACGAUACAUAUUUUUAUGAUGAUAGAACAUUUCCAUUUAAAGUUAACACGCCAAAGAAGGUUGGUUUUGAUCGUGGACUCGAACCCGAUCAUAUUGUUGGCGCAACCGAACAAAAUGGAAAAUUAAUGUUUUUAAUCGCAUGGAAAAAUUCAGUAGACGGAGAAGCUGACUUGUUGGAAGCAAGAGAAAUUUAUGAAAAAUCUCCUCAAUUGGCUAUCAAAUUUUUUGAGGACCGUCUCAUUUAUAUUCCACCUGAUCCACCUAUCGAUGUAGAAGAUAAAGAAAAUAUAAAAGAUGUAGAAGAUGUAGAAGAUAUAGAAGAUGUAGAAGAUAUAGAAGAUAUAGAAGAUAUAAAAGAUGUAGAAGAUAUAGAAGAUGUAAAAGAUGUAGAAGAUAUAAAAGAUGUAGAAGAUAUAGAAGAUAUAAAAGAUGUAGAAGAUAUAGAAGAUAUAAAAGAUAUAAAAGAUAUACAAGAUAUACAAGAUAUACAAGACUAAUUUUUAUACCUAUAAAAUAUAUAUUAUUAAUUGAAUGAAACACCAUUAUAAUUAGUACAAAGUACAUUCAUUAACAUUUAAGAAUUAAAAAUAACAUAUUUAAGUAUAUUUUUUGUACAGUUAUUUUAACUUUGAAGUAUUUGAAUUUUUUUUGUAAGUAAAUACAUGUACUCAUUUAUUUUUUUAAGAAUUCCCUAUUUUAUGAUUUAUGUAAUUCAAGAUUUUUUGUAUUCAAUAGCUUUUAUUUUUUUUUUCAUAUGAGUUAUAAUCUUCGGUAUUAAUAAGUUGCAGCUAUCCUUAAAAAUAUAGGUGUAUCGAAUUAAUUAUUGUAUUAUUAUACAUGUUUAACUGUUUUAUUUAAGACCUUAUUUUAACGUUACUGGCCAUUGAAAAAUAAAGAAUAUAAAUUUUA